UCUUGAACUCGCAAGGAUCCUCCUGCCUCAGCCUCCCGGGUGCUGGGACUACAGGCAUGCGCCACCAUACCCAGCCCUAGAACACAGAAAUUCAAAUGGGACAAAAAUUCCACUUGUAGAAUAACAUGAGCAUCUUUCACCCAGUGAGGGUGUUUCUAGAAUCCCUAACCUUCCAGACACAGACCUGGGUGUCCAGGCCUAGGCUCCUCCAUCAGACACUAGUGUCCCAGCCAGGCUCCCUGUCUCUGAGACCCAGGAGUCUAAGACCCCACAUCCUCCUCCCUCUGGCCCUCAGAAGGAAGCCCUCUGCCCCUUUCACCCCAGUUCCAAUGAAUCAGGCUCUGUCUCCUUCAUUCUGCAGACUCCGGCAUGCAGGCCCCCAGCGUGACAAAGCCCCCCAUUGCAUCAUCCCUGCAGCCUGCCCUGGCCACGGUGGAAUUCGGGCUCCUGCCAAAUGGGUCAAAUAUCACGGGUCAGGAGUGGGGAGGGCGCGUGGGCGGGAUGUCUGGGUAUAAACACUGGAGCGCCUGCAUCGGUCCCCAGAGUUUGGGUGUCUGGCAGCUGGAAUCCACGAGCAGGAAGACCCGAGACACCGGCUUCCUGAGCUGCAGUGGAAAUCCACUGUUCCGGAUAAGCCGGACCUGGACCGCACGCGACACCACUGUGCUCCUCCAGCGCCGCAGCCCGGACCGCACCGAGGACACACGCCGCUGAUGGGCUGGGCCGGGGCCAAGCGUGAGCGCCCAGGGCUGUGGGUCCCUGUGCUGGCUGUGCUUCUGAUGGGAGUCUGCCAGGCGCACCCCAUCCCCGACUCCAGCCCCCUCCUCCAGUUUGGGGGCCAGGUCCGGCAGCGGCACCUCUACACAGACGAUGCCCAGGACACUGAAGCGCACCUGGAGAUCAGGCCCGAUGGCUCGGUGCGGGGGGCCGCCCGCCGGAGCCCUGAAAGCCUCCUGGAGCUAAAAGCCUUGAAGCCCGGAGUCAUUCAGAUCCUGGGGGUCAGGACUUCCAGGUUCCUGUGCCAGAGGCCCGAUGGGACCCUGUACGGAUCGCUCCACUUUGACCCCGAGGCCUGCAGCUUCCGGGAGCUGCUGCUCUCUGACGGCUACAACGUCUACCGGUCUGAAGCUCACGGCCUCCCGCUGCGCCUGCUCCCCAGUGACUCCUCAUCCCGGGAUCCAGCACCCCCAGGACCAGCCCGCUUUCUGCCCCUGCCAGGCCUGCCCCCAGCACACCCAGAGCCGCCAGGGAUGCUGCCCCCCGAGCCCCCGGAUGUGGGCUCCUCGGACCCUUUGAGCAUGGUGGGGCCUUUACAGGGCCGAAGCCCCAGCUACGCCUCCUGAAGCCAGGGCUGUUAAUUUAGCCUCUUAUUUAUUGGGGUAUUUAUCUUAUUUAUUUUUCUAUUUUUCUUACUUGGGAUAAUAAAGACUCUGACAGAGGAGGACCUAAGGAGCGUGUGUGAGUGUUGAGGGGAAGGCUGGGCACUGCGCCCUGUGUCCACGUGACCCUGUGACCCCUGCCCCCCAGCCCCACCCCGCCACCACCUGAGGUCCCAGCUUCCCACCGGGCUUCCUUUUUCUACUCCGACAAGGCAUCACCCGGGUUGGCAGGACAAUUCCUGCUCUUUGCUCUUCAACGAAACAAGAUGUUUUCUUGGGUGAAUGGAUAUGGUGUUUGGUUUUGCUGUACUACUGGGAAUAGAAUCCAAGGCCUCUUGUGUGCCAGCCAAGCCCUGUGUGACUAAGCUACAUCCAUAGCCUUUUAUAUGUUUUUAAAUUUUGAGACAGGCUGCCACCUAGUUGCCCAGACUGGCCUCCACCUUGCGAUCUUCCUGUGUCCUAAAGUACCUUGGGUCACAGGCGUGCACCACCAUGCCUAUCCAGCCCCACCCCAUUCUUGUAUUUCCUUGUGGAACUGUUGCUCAGAGGAGCCUCAACAACGGGGAGACAGCCAGGUAUGGUGGCACACACCUAUAAUCCCAGCACUCAGAAGGCUGAGGCAGGAGGUGUGCUGUG